AUCACAUAAUCAGGCGGUCUUCUACCAAGCUUAAUAAUGAGGACAACUGCCAGCUUGUGGCCCUUCAGCUGCAUAUUGCAUGUUUAGAAUAUGGAAAACAUUAACUGAAUAAUAAAAGGUUCCUCAUAACAUAACAAAAGGUCACAAUGCCAGAAAUGAGCAGUCUGCAUUUGAACACCCCUCUAAGAGACAGUGUUCCUAUGUCCAAACUGUCCAAGACCAAAAUAUAUCUAAAGCUUGACAAUGCACAGCCCACAGGCUCCUUCAAAAUCCGUGGCAUUGGCCAUCUCUGCAAAACGUGGGCAAAACGGGGCUGUAAACAUUUUGUCUGCUCCUCAGGUGGUAAUGCCGGCUUGGCAGCUGCUUACAGUGCACGCAUGCUCUCUAUUCCUGCCACCAUUCUUGUGCCCGUUACUACCCCUGCCUUCACCAUUCAGAGGGUGAAAGACGAAGGAGCCAUAGUCUCCGUGGUGGGAGAGAUAUUAGACGAGACUAUUGAGCAUGCUAAAGAGCUAGUGAGGAAUAACCCAGGAUGGGUGUACAUUCCUCCAUUCGAUGACCCUUUGAUAUGGGAAGGCCACACCUCACUUGUAAAAGAAAUAAAGGAAGGCCUGCCUGCAAAGCCUGGGGCAAUUGCCCUGUCAGUAGGUGGCGGUGGUUUGCUCUGCGGAGUGGUCCAAGGCCUCCAUGAAGUAGGAUGGAGUGAUGUCCCCAUCAUUGCCAUGGAAACCAUAGGCGCUCACAGCCUUCAUGCUGCUUUGGAAGCUGGGAAAUUAGUUACUCUUCCUGAAAUUACCAGUGUUGCGAAGACAUUAGGAGCAAAGACUGUGGGAGCGCAAACAUUAAAAGUGGCUCAGGAACAUCCCGUUUUCUCAGAGGUCAUCUCAGAUCAGGAGGCUGUGGGGGCUAUUGAGAAGUUUUUGGAUGAUGAGAAGAUGCUUGUGGAGCCAGCAUGCGGUGCAGCUCUUGCUGUAGUGUACAGUGACGUGGUUGGAAAGUUGCAGAAGGAAGGCAAAUUGAAUCAAGACCUCUCCUCUCUGGUUAUCAUCGUGUGUGGCGGAAACAACAUCACCCUGACACAGCUCUUCCGACUCCAGCUGGAGUUAGGCAUGAAGUCAAACCUUGCUACAUAGAAUGCCCAGGCAUUCUACAUCUAUGGACUACUUCAGCUACCAAUUUCCUGCAUCCAACUGUAGCUCCAGUGUUGUCAAGUCAUGGGAGUAACAUAGGAGUCGAUUUACUAAGCCUUGGAUGGAAAUAAAGUGGAAGGAGAUAAAGUUCCAGCUAAUCCGCUCC